AUGCCGUCCAACUCUUCAGGGCGCAUCGUAAAAGCGCGGAAGAAUAAAAACUCAACUCCCCAUCAAAAGAAUCACAGAUGGGAAUCUUUUACUACUAAAAUUUCUAAAUUUAAUUCACUUCACCCGUUACGAAAAGUUCGCCGUCAUGACCUCGAUAACGAAGAUCUUUCGACCUCGACAUCCUACUUUCAGACCGGACUGAACAAAUGGGGAGAGCUCAAUGUCUCAAAGCCUUUCUCUGCCUUCAAGACCAAGGUCUGGCCUCUUUGCGAGAGUCUUCCUCAGCUUCUCCAUUUCGAGCAGAGGAUAAUGGACCUAUUGGCCGAUUUUAUUGCUGGUCAGGAUAAGGAAGCUCUAGAGCCAUUGUUGGACCUUCUUACCGCUUUUGCGCACGAUCUAGGAGUUCGAUUCGAGAAGCACUAUGGCAGAAGUUUGGAUCUGAUCGUGGCUAUCGCUGCCAAGCCACAGGAUGUCGACGUUAUUGAGUGGACAUUCGGGGCUCUCGCCUUCUUGUUUAAGUAUCUUUCUAAACUGCUCGUCCCUGACUUGCGACCUACCUUUAAAGUCAUGGCGCCACUACUCGGAAAGUCACGACAUCCUCCCCAUAUUGCUCGAUUCGCAGCGGAAGCACUGAGCUUCUUAGUCAAGAAGGCAGCCGCUCCAUCCCAUCGCGAAAUCGCUCUGAAGCGCCUGGUCGAAUGCGCACGAGACGACCUACUGAGCAUCAAGGACGAUCGCCAGUUUACCUUGUACAAGGAUGGAUUGAUGAACAUGUUUGCCGAGGCUAUCAAGGGUACCGACAACAUGAUCCACUCUGCUGCUCCGGCUGUCUUUGCGGCUCUAGUUGACGCUAUCCCUGAGGUGGAGCGAACCUUGAGCGAGGACACGACCUGGACAGAAGUGGUCUGUGGCGUUUUGACUAGUGUCAUCCACCAUGCGACUGCCGAUACCUUUGGAGAUUUCGCAACUGGAGUUCACGAGGCAAUCCGAGCCAAUAUGGAGAGGGAAGCUCCCACAGACCAACCGUGGCAAGUUGUUCCCCUUAUUAGGAUAUAUGGCACCAUGGCUGGUGUUCGAAAAGGAUAUCGAAUAACCGACUGGUCGCCUCUUAUUAAGAACUUGGUUGAGAUGCUCUCUACCGUCACAAAGGCCGGGCCAGAAGUUCCACAGGAGGCCUCGAGCGCUGUUUGGAAGUUUGUCAUCGUCAGCAUUGCAAUUGUCUGGCACCACGCACCUAUCGAUGCUUUGAUACCCCAUAUUGUUCCUCUUACUCAAUCUCUGACCAGGGAGCCAUUCAUGAAAUGGUUCAUUCCCUUUUGUUCGUAUUUCUGCGAGCUGGAUGCCCAGCGUUUCGGAAGUUUAUUCCGCAACGACUUCCAAAGGUUUAUCGCGAAUCACUGGUCUGAAGAGCCUAAUGAAGCUAUGCUUUGCGUUCUGUUGCCCAAGAUGAUCAUCGAGAACCGUGCUUUCCCUCCAGCCGGCGAGAAGGACAGCUGCAAGAUGCCACAAGGAUGGCAGGAUCAGAUUGUUUCCAAGUUCGAACGAUUGGAGGACUCGCCAUUCCCCGAAGGUGGACCUUAUAACAAGGAUCCCCAAGCUUGGCGGGACAGGUGUCUGCCAAAGUACUCAGCUCUGCUUCAGAUUCUCGAACUUACGACGGUUCACCCAUCAACGAAUGCCCGUAUCGCCGAACUCUUGCUUCGCAAGCUCAAGCUUGCGCUGAAACCAUCUUCUACUUUAGCAUCCGAUGAGGUUCAUUUCAUCGUUGGCCAGGGUUUUCACGCAUACCUACGUAUGAGUAAGGCUGCCAGUUCUGUCGACAUCACUUUGAGCCCCCUCUUGCGAGCUGCUGUUCCUCGAUUCUCCCAGUCUGUCAGCUUCUUGCACGCCUAUCUUGCGUAUGAGGAGAUUCUGCAGGGCAAAGAGCCCGCCCAGCGACAGGAUAGCACCAGCAGCGACAGUUCGUCCAACGAUGAGGACCCGGUCAUUAAGUCAUUGAUCGAAAACCUGAGCUCUCCGUCCCACGAACUCCGUUUGGCGUCUCUGAAUCUACUCAAGGUGCUUAACUUGGCAUCAGACAGUUCUAACACUGUCGAGACUAUGAUCGAGGUUGAAGAGACCCCAUUGGACCUCGCACACACAAGAACAAUCGCUAUGUACCUUCGCAAGUUGGGCCAGAAUUACGCUUCGUUUGAGGAUAACUCUUGGUUGCAACGAGCUGUGCCUGCUUUCCUAUUCGGUAUGCUUACAGUGAAGCUGUCUCCCGUGUGGGACGAUUCGGUUGAAACUAUGAAGCAAAUCACACAGACCAAAGCUGGAGAGGAGGCAGUUUGUGAAGUUGCUUUCCGCUGGCUGAAGGUUCCCUCAUCUCGAUGGGGUGCUUCGCAGCCCGAAACCCACAACAACCGUCGCGCGUUUGUUUCUGACUUCGAGUGCACAAACAUACACAGGCUCGAAGAAGCUGCAUCCGAGGUUGAGGAGUCUAUCGACGGCCCAGAUGAGCUGAUGCUGCAGAGCUUUGACGACAAGCAGCGAACUGCUGAAACAACUGCUGGUAACUCGAGGUCUCGUGCCCUGAAGGUUUUCAAUGCAAUCCCCUUCAUCGCAGAGAGGAGGUCUCGUCAACUUGUGCCACACUUUCUCGCAUGGGCAAGUGAAGACCGAACCCCUGAGUCAGUCGAUGGUCAAGGUACUUCUGAGGGAGCCACUUGGUCUCUUGCAGACCGCAAGGCUAUGCUCAACGUCUUCUCCCAGUUCAUCAACCCUCGAGUCCUCUAUCAACACGAGGACGUCUAUACUGCGCUUUUGCAGUUGAUGGAGAAUGGUGACGCUGAGGUUCAGAAGGUCACACUUAAGGCCAUCCUUGCCUGGAAGCAGGAGGCUAUUAAGACCUAUCAAGAAAAUUUGGAGUUUCUCCUGGAUGAGGCACGAUUCAAGAACGAGCUUACGGUCUUCCUUCAGGACGAGACUGCUAUCAAGGCAGAGCAUAGGGCUGAGUUGAUGCCUGUUCUCCUGCGACUGCUUUAUGGUCGUACCAUCUCCAAGAAGGGUGCAGCAAGCGGACGACAUGGCCUCCAAGCCACCAGACUUGCUGUUCUACGAAACCUCAGCGUCGAGGAUAUGGGCAGCUUCUUGGAUAUUGCCACUGGCAAGCUGAAGGAUGUUAGAGUUGUUGGCGCCUCGAAGAAGAUCUUCGAGGAGCCUCUUCUCCCUGUUCGCAAGCAAGUCGGUUUCCUCAACAUGAUUUCCUCUGUCAUCUCCGAGCUGGGCACCAACGCUACACCCUAUUUGGAGACCCUCCUCAAUGCCGUACUUUACUGUCUUGUCUUCGCCUGCCGACAGCUCAGUGGUCAGGUUACAGAACCAGAGAACGUCCCCGAAGAAGAGGAGGAAAAGGCCAGUACUCAAUCUCUCUUGAGGACCAUCCGAUCCAACGGUCUGAAGUGUUUGAUUGCGCUUUUCCAAAACGCUCAGUCUUUCCAGUGGGCUCCUUAUCAAGAUAUCAUCCUUGAAGAUGUCGUGGUACCAAGACUAGACAAUUUGCCUAGCGAGACGACACAGGGAGUUUCUGGUAUGCUACAGCUCUUUGCCACUUGGUCUGUACUUCCCAGAAUUGCCCUCUUCCUUGCGCCACAUGCCAAGGCUCCAGAGGGUGUCCUCCCCAAGAUUAUUGAAUGUUUGUCGGUUCAGAAGGGUAAGGACGAAGUCAAGAUUCAUGUUCUGGGAAUUAUUCGCAACUUGAUUAAGCUUGCAACUGCGCCUGCGCAGGAGUCCGAGUUCAACGAAGUCAUCAAGGCAGAGCUCCUCGACACCAACUCCAAGGCAAUCUUGUCACAGAUUUCCAAUGUUUUGGACAUGUCUGGCAUCAGCAACGAUCUCAUGGAAGCUUGCGUGGAGACAAUCCUAGCAAUGUCGCCUAUCGUUGAGGAUGCCGCAGACGUCCAGGCUGUGAUCAAGAUCUCCAUCUUCCUCCUCAAUCAGCCACCCCGACGAGUCAGCCCCAAGCUCAAGGGUAGAAUCUUGCUCAUCGUCGAGCAAUACGUUGCAGGUUCUAGUGCCUUUGACAACCAGUCACUACUCGACGACGUUUAUGACACCAUAUCGUCUCUGUUCAGCUAUUUCAAGGAUCGUGAGAACCGACAGUCCCUGUCAAGAGCGCUGCUGGCUAUCGCUGGUAAAGACAGCAGUCUUGAAGAGAUUGCCGAACUGUGUACUGCUCUCAACUCCUGGAAGGAAGGACGUAUCGAUGAGCCCGAUUACGAUACGCGCCUGGCUGCCUACAGUGCAAUCUCUGGUGAUCGAGAGGUCCCAAUGACACCCAAGCAGUGGCUGCCUCUGCUUCACAAUCUUGUCUUUCAUAUUCGAGACGAUGCUGAGUUUGGUAUCCUUUCUUCCAACUCGGCCGAUGGACUGCGCCGAUUCAUUAGAGAUGCAGCAGCUUGCGCGUCUGAAGAUUCCAAGGAGAAAUUUGACGUCCAUCUCCGGGGUGUCAUUAUGCCUGCGCUUUACGCUGGAGCCCGCGAGCCAUCUGACACUUCUCGACGAGAGUAUCUUCGAGUGAUGGGCCAUCUCUUGUCGACUAUGCCCGAAUGGGAGCCCAUUGCUGAUCUGAGUGCACUAUUGAACGAUCGAAAUGAAGAGAGUUCUGAGCUCACGUUCUUCUUUAACAUUCUCAGCCCCGCGACAGCAAAACAAUUAGAGGCCCUGCAUAUCCUUGAGGCUGCUAACAAGCAGAAGGAAAUGGGAAGUCAAAACCUGGCCCAAUUCUUCAUCCCUCUUCUCGAGCACUUCAUCUUUGGUCGUGCCGAAGGAGUUGACGAUCAUGGCCUUGGAGCGCAAGCCAUUAUCACCAUUGGCAACCUUGCAAGUUCUUUGCACUGGAAGCAUUACCGCACCACCCUUCAACGAUACAUCGGUUACGUUGAGGCCAAGCCUGAUCAACAAAAGUUGACGAUCCGACUUCUGAGCAAGGUUGCCGAUGCACUUGUUGAUGCAGCUGAGAAUGAUAGCGAAGAGCGCAUGGAGGUAGAUCAGGUUGAGGCCUCGUCCUCCAGUACCACAAGGCUUCCUCUCACGAUUCCAAAGGCAGACAAGCUAGGAGUUGAGGUCACCAAUCUCUUCUUGCCCACGUUGGUCAAGCAUCUUCAUGAGAAGGAUGAAUCAGAAGUCAGUUAUCGUGUGCCUGUCGGUGUCAUCAUUGUCAGACUCUUGAAGCUGUUGCCUUCGGACCAGAUGGACCAGAAGCUUGCAGGUGUUUUGACUGAUAUCAGCCAUAUUCUUCGCAGCAAGUCCGUGGAGGCACGAGACAUGGCUCGAGACACGCUGGUCAAGAUUGCUGUUAACUUGGGCCCAUCAUACUUUGGUUUCAUUCUUAAGGAACUACGAGGUGCCUUGACCAGAGGUUACCAACUUCACGUGCUUUCCUACACCAUGCACUCUCUUUUGGUUGCCGUUCUCCCCAGCUGCGCCCCCGGCGACUUGAACUACUGCCUUACCUUUAUCGUGACAGUUGUCAUGGACGAUAUCUUCGGUGUUAUUGGCCAAGAAAAGGACGCCGAGGGAUACACCACCCAGACAAAGGAGAUCAAGAGCAGCAAAAGUCAAGACUCAAUGGAGCUGAUAGCCAAGAACGCCUCCAUUGGUCGUCUCAUUGAUUUGGUGACGCCCUUACGAGCGCUCCUAAUGCAAAAGGUCGACCUCAAGAUGGUUCGCAAGCUUGAUACCUUGAUGGCUCGUAUCACAGCUGGUCUUCUCCAAAACCCUGCCGCUGAAAGCCGUGACACCCUGGUUUUCUGUUAUGAAGUCAUCCAAGACGUAUACAACUCUCAGAAGCCCGAGGUUGAGGAGAAGCUUGAUCCUCGAGUCAAGAAGUAUCUGGUCCAGAAGGGCGCCAAGAAGAGCGGCGACCGAGGCAAAACAACCAAGCACACAUACAAGCUUAUUCGCUUUGCGGUCGAUAUUCUGAGGGCCAUCCUGAAGAAGCACGACAGCUUGAGAACUCCUGCCAAUAUCUCUGGGUUCAUCCCCAUUCUUGGUGACGCCAUGGUUGGUGGAGAGGACGAGGUCAAGAUCUCAGCCUUUAAACUCCUUGCCGUCAUUGUCAAGGUGCCAUUCGUUGAUGAGGAGGGACCAAAGCUGUACAAGGUCGCCGUCAGGGAAGCAACCAAAAGCAUAUCUAUGUCAGUCUCUACUACCACUGAGGUGGCACAAGCAGCACUUAAAAUGCUUGCCGUUGUCCUGCGGGAUCGUCGUGACGUUCCUGUAAAGGAUGCCGCGAUCGAUAUGCUUCUUUCCAAGUUGAAGGACGAUCUGACUGAGCCCCUCUACCGUCAUGUGACAUUCAAUUUCCUGCGAUCAGUACUGGACCGACGUGUCGAAACUGCUUCUGUUUACGACAUCAUGGAUUACGUGGGUACAGUUAUGAUCACCAAUGAUGACAAGGAUACUCGUGAUCUUGCCAGAGGCGCAUUCUUCCAGUUUAUCCGCGAAUACCCUCAGAAAAAGGCCAGAUGGGCCAAGCAGAUCAACUUUAUUGUUGCCAACCUCAAGUACGAGCGAGAGGGUGGUCGUCUGUCUGUCAUGGAAAUCGUUCAUUUGCUCCUCAUGAAGUCGUCUGACGAUUUUGUUCAAGAGAUUUCCUCCACCUGCUUCCUCCCGCUCUUCUUCGUCCUCGCCAACGACGACAGCGAGAAGUGUCGACUCUCAGCUGCAGGCCUUCUUAGAGAAAUCUUCCGCAAGGCCGAUAAGGAGCGAACUCUAACUUUCCUUGGCCUUGUGCGAACAUGGUUGGACCAGGACGGAAAUGAGGCUGUGCUCAAGCUUGCUUUCCAGGUUUUCGGGUACUACCUUGAAUCUAACGAAAAUGCAUCAAAGAAUAAGAAGGACUUCAAGCUUGUUCUUGAAAAGAUCAACGGCGUCAUCCAGAAUGAGGACAUUCGAGAAGUUGACGGAGAGCUUCUGGAGGCAGCUCUGGGAGUUCUUCGUGCUGGUUUGACUGUGUUCCCCGAAAAGAUCUUGGCAAGCAGCAGCGAGGAGAUGUGGUCUAACAUUGUCAGAUGCUUGUCUCACCAGGAGACUUCCGUCAAACUAUCGUCUAUUGGGUUGACCAGCUCUUACUUGGCAGACUUUGCCCAGCAAGCUGGUGAUGCGUCCGUUGGCGAGCCAGUAAAGGGCAGCCAUGGCCUGAUGCUCGAUUUGCCAAGGAUACAGAACCUCGUCAGGCUGGGGCUGGGCGUCCUGGCAACUAGAGACAUUGACGAGAAGCUCGGAGCGGAAGCCGUGCAGGUUCUGGCCUUCUUGGCCCCCCGUCUCCCUGAGGGUGAUGGAGAAGAGAAGGAAGACGAGGAAGAUCAGGCUGAAGAGACCGACGAAAAGACUGAGCGCAAGACAGACCUCGAGCAUAUGUUCAGGCAGAUCUCUCACGUCAUUCGACGAGAAAUUCCUCCCAGAGCUGUGGCCAUCACACCAAAGGUGGCUGCAAUGGAGCUUCUGGAGACUAUUUGCCGCAGGUCCUCGCUGGAACGUCUCCGGCCAUCGUUCAAAACUAUCCUUGUGCCACUUCACAACCUUACUGAUCCCUCAAUUGCCCCUCCCUUCUCCAACGAUGAGCUCUUCAAGACAAAGCAUGAAGCUCUCAAGACACGCGCACAGAUCCUUAUGGAUUCUCUGCAGAAGAAGUUCGGUACAGCUGAGUACUCUAAACAGCUGCUUGCGAUCAGAGAGGAGGUGAGGAAGAAGCGAGAGGAGCGAUCAAGCAAGAGGAAGAUCGAUGCGAUUGUGCAGCCCGAGAAGUAUGGACGGGACAAGAGAAAGAAGUUUGAGAAGAACAAGGAGCGCCUCAAGACGCGAUCCAAGGAGCAGAAGGUCAUGAGGCAGUCGUUCAAGCGAUGGUAA